GCUCCGCCACCAAAUCAUGCUUCCAUUAAACAAUUUCAUGACAAAUUCCACCUUGAUUUCUUCGUCUCUGCUCGAUUAUUGUCUCCCAUCUCUUUUUUUCUAUAUAAUUCUGCACUUCCCUUCACAAACCCACCUCCAUUUUCAAUCCCUGCCGAAGAAUCAAUGGCUACCUCCAUUAAAGUCCAUGGAGUCCCCUUUUCCGGACCCACAUGCAGAGUUCUAGCUUGUCUCUACGAGAAAGAACUUGAAUACGAGUUCGUCAAACUCAAGAUGCACGAAGGGGAACACAAGAAACAGCCAUUUCUCUCCAUCAAUCCGUUUGGUCAAGUUCCUGGGUUCCAAGAUGGAGAUUUGACGCUUUUUGAAUCCAGGGCAAUCACGCAGUAUAUCGUAGGGAAUUAUGCUAAUAAUGGAACCCAAUUGAUUUUCCAAGACCCCAAGAAAGCGGCGAUCGUAUUGACAUGGAUUGAAGUGGAGAGCCACCAUUAUGAUCCACCAGCCUCGAAGCUGGUCCUCGAGCUCUGCUUGAAGCCUUUGCUUGGGUGGGGCGAGACAGAUGCUGCAGUAGUUGAGCAAAGUGAAGCUGAGCUAGCUAAAGUUCUUGAUAUCUAUGAGGAUAGGCUGGCUCAGUCCAAAUACUUGGGAGGUGAGUCCUUCAGUUUAGCUGAUUUGCACCAUCUCCCAACCAUAGACUACUUAUUUGGGACACAGAUGAAGAAACUGUUUGAAUCUCGGCCCCAUGUCAAUGCAUGGGCGGCUGAUAUCAUGGGCAGGCCUGCUUGGGCUAAGGUGCUUGCUUUGCGCUAAUGAAACGUUGAUUUCACUUAUCUAUCCUUUACUUGAUGUGUGAUGGGACUUGAAAACUUGAAUAAAGAUGGUGUGGUUGCCUUUUUACA